GAAAGCGCUUUUGGAAGUCUUCAAUUCCACGAACACAUAAUCACAGAGCUUCUCGAAGACACCAAUGGCGGUCUCGUCAUUCUCUCUUCAGGUCUCUCUCUAUCGAAACUCAUUUCAUCUCUUCUCCUUCUUCACUCCACUUCUCAGGGAACACUUCUCAUUCUAUCUCCUUCCUCCGCCACUCUCAAAUCCAAAAUCAAUUUCCAUCUCAAAACCCUAAACCCCCAAUUCUACCAAGUCCCCGUCGAAAUCACCGCCGACCUCCCCGUUAACCACCGCCACUCCCUCUACUCUUCCGGCUCCGUCUGUUUCAUUACCCCUAGAAUCCUCAUCGUUGAUCUUCUCACUAAUAAACUACCUGCCUCAAUUAUCUCCGGACUCAUCAUCCUCAAGCUCAUUCCGUUUCGGAGACUUCCACUGAAGCUUUUAUUGUUAGGAUUUUUCGUUCUCUCAAUCGAAGUGCGUUUGUUCGUGUUUUCUCCGAUAGGCCACAAGCGAUGGUUUCGGGUUUUGCGAAGGCGGAGAGAACUAUGAAGUGUUUGCAUAUUCGUAAGCUGCAUCUUUGGCCGAGAUUUCAGGUUUAUGUUUCGCAGGAGCUUGAGCAGGACCCGUCGGAUGUUGUCGAUAUUAGGGUUCCGAUGAGUAAGUACAUGAUGGGGAUUCAGAAGGCUAUUGUUGAAGUUAUGGGUGCGUGCUUGAAGGAGAUGAGGAAGACGAAUAAGGUUGAUGUGGAGGAUUUGACUGUGGAGAAUGGGUUGUUCAAGUCGUUUGAUGAGAUUGUCAGGAGACAGUUGGAUCCAAUUUGGCAUACUUUGGAUCCAAUUUGGCAUAGUGAAAGAGGAGUUUGUGAAGCAUUUAGAGUCCACUGCCACUAGCAAUGAAGAUGUUGAAUACAAGUAUCUUCCUAGUUGUCCAGAUGAUGAGCCUCAGAAGAAAAUUAAUCAAGGUACCAUUCUUAGCAACAUUCAAUGGAAGAAAUUUGGACUUCUUUGUUUUGUUUGGAUUGCAGUUCUUCUCUUGCAGAUUGCCAAGAAUUAUACAGCUACAUGUUCAAUCAAAUACUGGUUACUAACUUUGUUACAGACACCAGUUACUGUUGGGGUUUCAAUGUACCAAGCAAUAGGCCUAUAUCAAGGGAAGAAGAUUACAGUUUCUAAGCAAGAUCAUGGCACACAUUGGCCUUUGCAUCUUCUGAUUGUAUCACUUUCAUGUGCUUUGCUAGCUGGAAUAUUGGGUGGACUUCUUGGUGUAGGUAGUGGAUUUGUCAUGGGUCCUUUGUUUAUCGAAUUCGGAAUCGCGCCUCAGGUAGCAAGUGCCAUGGCCACAUUAGGAAUGACAUUCACAGCAUCUAUAUCGGUUGCGCAAUAUUUUCUCUUGAAUCGAUUUCCGGUUCCUUAUGCUCUGUAUCUUACGAUUGUGGCUACAAUUGCAGCAUACAUAGGACAGAAAAUAAUUGACAGGCUUGUCAAUAUCUUUCAAAGAGCUUCUUUGAUUAUCUUUGUCUUAUCCUUCACAAUUCUUGUUAGUGCAAUUGCACUAGGUAUGAUGCGGUGACUUACUUGAAAUAUUUGGAUACACUUAGAGUGUCGGAGAGUUUUCGAUCUGUUUGGAUUUUUGCAGAGGCGAGCUAUAAGAUAUUUGACUAUGCAAAGAAACGUGUUUAUCAUCUUGUGAGGUCAGAUGGUAUGAAAUUGGACGAGUCUAGUAAAGGUGUCAAAAACAAAAAGAAAAAAGU